GUGCAGGCUAGCAGCGAAACCUGACCAUUGAGUAUGAAGCUGUGGGGGUCAGGUGCAAAAGAAUGGGUGAUUGGUUUAAGAAGUGAGGAGCUCUCUCCUGAUUGGAUAAAAAUAUGUGAGCGAGAGAGACAGAGAGAGAGAGUGAGAGAGAGAGAGAGUGAACGAGAGAGAGUGCGCGUGUGUUUGUGUCUCCACUUCAGUCUCUGCUGGCUGUGCCGGUGAAGCGCUCUCACCAACACUCACAGGACUGAGAUGUGACUGUGGAUCUGGGUUCUGGUGGGAUUUUGCUCUGACAGCUGGAUAAUGUUGGGGAAUAGGAAAUCUAGACACAUGUCGGUCAUGCUGGUUCUCCUCUGGGGGAUUACUUCUGUGUUUGCAGUAGAAGAGACAGUGAUGGAUACGAGGACAGCCACGGCCGAGCUCGGCUGGAUAUCGUUCCCAGCCAAUGGAUGGGAGGAGGUGAGCGGCUACGACGAGAACCUCAACACCAUCAGGACGUACCAGGUGUGUAACGUGUUCGAGCCCAGCCAGAACAACUGGCUCCUCACCACGUACAUCGACCGGCGGGCGGCGCUCCGCAUCUACGUGGAGAUCCGCUUCACCGUACGAGAUUGCGCCUCCAUCCCCAGUGUCCUGGGCUCCUGUAAGGAGACCUUCAACCUGUACUACCUGGAGGCCGACAGGACCGUGUCGGAGGGCGUCAAGGGGGUGGAGUACUGGGCCAAUGCCCCUUUUCUCAAGGUCGACACCAUCGCAGCGGACGAGAGUUUUUCCCAGGUUGAUUUUGGAGGCAGGCUGAUGAAGGUGAACACAGAGGUGCGAAGCUUUGGCUUCCUGUCCAAAGGCAGAGGCUUCCACUUGGCCUUCCAGGAUCUGGGCGCCUGCAUGUCUCUCCUGGCUGUCAGGGUCUUCUACAAGAAAUGCCCCAGCAUAGUGCAGAAUUUCGCUUUCUUCCCAGAGACACUGACCGGAGCAGAGUCCACUUCAUUAGUCAUCGCCAGGGGGAACUGCAUUGCCAACGCUGAGGAGGUGGACGUGCCAAUAAAGCUUUACUGCAACGGAGACGGAGAGUGGAUGGUUCCCAUCGGCAGCUGCAGCUGCAGAGCGGGUUAUGAACCCGACAACAGCAACGUGUGUCGAGCUUGUCCUCAGGGAACCUUCAAGUCGUCCCAGGGGGGAGGAUUAUGUCAGCAGUGUCCGCUCAACAGUCGCUCCACCAUCGAGGCCGCAACCCUGUGUGACUGUCGUAACGGCUAUUAUCGCGGAGACAUGGACAAACCCGAGGACAUGUGCACUAGUGUCCCCUCGGCUCCGCGCAAUGUGGUGUCGGUUGUCAACCAGACGUCAGUGCUGCUGGAGUGGCACACGCCCCGUGAUGUGGGCCACCGCUUUGACCUGUCUUACAACGUCCUGUGCCGCCGUUGCCACAGCAACGAGCGUCGAGCGUGCCAGCCCUGCGAUGACAGCGUGGUGUUCGUUCCAGGCAGGCACGGGUUGAAGGUGCUGAAGGUGGAGAUCAGUAAGCUGCGGGCCCACACGGCGUACACCUUUGACGUCCAGGCAAUCAACGGAGUCUCCAACAAGAGCCCUUAUCCCGCCCAGCAAGUGUCAAUCAACAUCACAACCAAUCAGGCUGCUCCUUCAGUUGUUCCCAUAAUGCACCAGGUGGGAUCAACCAGCCGCAGCUUCUCACUGUCGUGGCCGCCGCCCGAACAGCCCAACGGAAUCAUCCUUGACUACGAGAUACGAUACUAUGACAAGUCCCUGUCAACUGUCCUGAACAGCUCGGUGGUUCAGACCGAGACGCCUAACGUGGUUCUGGAGGGACUCCGGCCUGGUACCGGUUACGCAGUCCAGGUCAGGGCCCGAACCGUGGCCGGCUACGGCGUCUACAGCAGGGAGAUGCUCUUCCAAACGCUGACUGAUGAUGAGUACAAGUCAGAGCUGGGGCAGCAGCUGUCUCUGAUUGCAGGAUCUUUAGUGGGCGGAGUCUGCAUCGUCUCACUGGUAGCAAUCGCCAUUAUCUGCUCCAGGAGGAGCCAGUUGAAGGAGAGUUUGUACGGAGACAAGUUGCCCCAGUACAACACCGGAGGAGAGGUGACUCUGAGGCCUGACAUGUUCACGGGCCCUGCCCCCACGGUGACCUUCCCCUCUCUGUCUGAGGCUCACAGUUCACCUGGGGUCAAGAUCUACAUCGACCCCUUCACCUACGAGGACCCCAAUGAGGCCGUCAGGGAGUUCGCCAAGGAAAUCGACCCGUCCUGUGUGAAAAUAGAAGAAGUGAUUGGCUCAGGUGAGUUUGGAGAGGUGUACAAAGGUCGUCUGAAGCCCGUCGGGAAGAAAGAAAUCCCCGUCGCCAUCAAGACCCUGAAGGUGGGCUACUCCGAGAGGCAACGGAGGGAUUUCCUGUCUGAGGCGUCCAUCAUGGGUCAGUUUGAUCAACCCAACAUCAUCAGGCUGGAGGGAGUGGUCACCAAGAGCCGACCCACCAUGAUCAUCACGGAGUUCAUGGAGAACGGAGCUCUCGACUCGUUCCUCAGGCAAAAUGACGGUCAGUUCCCAGUGAUUCAGCUGGUGGGAAUGCUGAGGGGCAUCGUCUCUGGAAUGAGGUACUUGGCAGAGAUGAACUACGUUCACCGGGACCUGGCAGCUCGGAACAUUCUGGUCAACAGUAACCUGGUGUGCAAAGUGUCCGACUUCGGUUUGUCCCGAUAUCUGGAGGAGGACACGUCCGACCCCACCUACACCAGCUCCCUGGGCGGUAAAAUCCCAGUGCGUUGGACGGCUCCUGAGGCCAUCGCCUACAGAAAGUUCACCUCAGCUUCAGAUGUUUGGAGUUAUGGCAUCGUCACCUGGGAGGUGAUGUCAUACGGAGAGAGGCCUUACUGGGACAUGAGCAACCAAGAUGUGAUAAAUGCCAUAGAGCAGGACUUCAGGCUGCCAGCUCCCAUGGACUGUCCAAUGGUGCUGCACCAGCUGAUGCUGGACUGCUGGCAGAAGGACAGAAACGCUCGGCCAAAGUUCCCAGACAUCGUUAGCAUGCUGGACAAAAUGAUACGCAACCCUGCGUCGCUGAAAACCGGCACCAGCAACAUGUCUCCAGGUCUGUCCCCUCACCCCUUGUUAGACCGUGGGGCUCCAGACCUGAGCAGGCUCAGCUCGGUGGAAGACUGGCUGGCCGCUCUGAAGAUGACCCAGUAUCGAGAAUCCUUCAUCGGCUCCGGGUUCACCUCCCUGCCGCUCGUCACACAAAUCACAGCCGAAGAUCUCCAGAGGAUCGGUGUGUCUCUCGCCGGACACCAGAAGAAAAUCCUGACCAGCGUUGAGUCGAUGAGACUCCACAGUGACGACCAGUCUCCCACUGAAUCUGUGUAACUUCAUACAGUGGUCACUACACAGUGUAAUAUAUUUGACCGAUGUAAAGUCUGGAGGACGAUGGCUUCUACUCUUUUUACCUAGUCAGCUGGACGGGGAUUUUGUUUUUGUUUGUUUUUUUACAAUUCCAUGUGUUGUUUGUUCCUGUACGGCCCAGGGUUUUCUUCUAAAACUGAACAGAUUCUUUUCGACUUCCCUUUGCUUCGACUUCUUUGCUGUCUCACGAUGGAGACAUGGAUUUGUAUCUUUACACCGUGACUUAUUCUCACUAUCUAUUCAGUGCAUCAUCUGCAUAGAACCAGAGUUUGUAGUGACUUUGACAAUUUAAGAUGAACUCAAACGCAGACAUUUCUGAAACAAAUGGAUCCAAAGCCUGAAGAACAAACUCUGAAGUGGUGUUUUUGGACAACUAUUUGGAUAAUUUAUCAACAGAAAUUACUACCUUUGUAAUAUAGAGACCUGAGCCAUCAGUCAAGUGGCACAUUUUGCUAAACAUAUCUUCACAUUGAAGAGCUUGUACAUACAUCGUGAAAUGGGAGAUUUGUAUCCCAUGAGUCGUCUCGCUUUCACUUUUUGCCAACAGCUUUGGACAAUUAACAGUCUCGGGUGUCUAUACGAGAAUUGUCCACUCUGUGACUCAUCACAGAAUGACUCGAAAGCCCCUUGGGUUCCUGUCCUGCUUUCUCUCCGGCCUUGAAUGGCUGAACUCUUCCACGCGUGGAACAAGGAGAGUGUGUUCAACAGGGAAAUGUCUUAAUGUCUGUGUCGACUCUGGUAUAGAAGUCGGAAAUUACAGCGUAAGAAAUGUUUUAGAUGUGAAAAUGUAUGCAACUGCAAAGAGAGGAACAGGAGGAACAUCUCAAAGUACAUACAAGCACCAAAGCUAGGAAAGUUAGAAGGUACUGUCGUCCAGAGUUCUUGUUUAUUUGGCUGUGAACCUCACUGCUGAGUGCCAGCUAAACAUUUAUACAACACACGAACAAACUACAGAACGCCAGUGUUUGUGGUCUGUGCGUGCAUAAAAGGGAAUUUCAUUUCUGUCAGUACUACGUGGCUGCCGUCCAGAUGGAAAUCAUCAACCGGCACCAUUUUUUUGCUUUUGGGCUCCUUUUCUGUUGUUUGUAAUAUGCCGUCUGGAGGCCACGUCAUUGUCGUCUGAGUCUGAGCUCUGACAGUCACAUUUCCCAGCUGACGUUGCUGAUUAAUGCUGUCGUGUCAUUGCACAGAUAAAAACGACGCGAUGUGACCUAUACGUGUUUUCGUGUGUGGACGGCAACCUUUUCACUGCGGCGCUUCGCACAACGCACAUUUGCAAACAACAAAGGUUGAUUUGUCAGAGCUGUCGGAAAAAGACGAGGGGAAAAGAAAAGGGCGCCAGUGGUGUUAGAGAGGGAGAGUUAUUUAUGUGGAAUUCUUAUAAAUAAUCUAUGAAUUGCUACAUUUUAUAGAUUAAUUCAUUAUACUGAAGGACUAAUCACAAGGGAAUUGGUGCUUGCUCAACUGGUGGUGGGAUUUUACCCUGGUCCUCUGAUUACCAGAGCGGUCCUCUCACCACUCCACGACAUUUUUGUUUGCUGGUAACGAUCUCUUAAUAUUAUUAUAUUGAUUCUGAUUUUAUGUAGCAAGGAAUUAAACUAAUAUUUCCCUUUUUUGGAGACGUACUACUGCCCAGAGGCGGUAUAGCACCCUAAACAAAAAAGAGGAAAAGACUGGUCACUUGUAUUGACCUACUAGAGGUGAAAAUAAUUGCCUUGUUUGGUAAGACUGCAAAAAAAAAAAAAAUCACUUAAUUGGUCUCAAAAUUGGUAUUUAAUUACUGCUAAUACUUGUUCUUUGCUUGUCGUUACAACUCUAUG